CUUCUCUGCUCAUUUUUGGUUUUGGCUUUGAGUUUUUAAACAGUUUUAGAUAAAUUGGUCAAAAUGAAAAUUGCAGCCUUCAAUGGUAAAAACCUGGGAAUCAAGAAAGUCACAAACAAUACAGUGGUGAAGUAUCUCACCAAGAUCCUGAGUCGGUACAGUGUGGUGGUGGUUCUGGAGGUGAUGGAUAAAAGUGGAAAGGCCAUGCAGAUGUUACUGGAGAAGCUGAACAGCCUCAGCGCUAACAAAAAGCGUCCAUAUUUGAUGGUGUCCAGUUGCCCUUUGGGACGAGACAGCUACAAGGAGCAGUUUGUCUGCUUCUACAGAAAGGAUGAGGUGUCUCUGAGGGCCUGUUACCAGUACGAGGACAACCAGAUCGGAGAUAAAGAUGCUUUUGCCCGAGAACCAUUUGUCCUGCGCUUCACCUGCCCAACAACAGUUGUAAAAGACCUAGUUCUGAUCCCAGUCCACACAAAACCAGAGGAUUCCCUGAAGGAGCUGGAUGAGCUGCACGAUGUGGUUCAAGUCAUUAGAGAUACGUGGGGUAGCAAUAACAUAGUGAUUUUAGGCGACUUUAAUGCAGAUGGACGUUAUCUCUCCAAAAGGAAACUUGAAACCAUCAGAAUCCGCUCCGAGACGUACCAUUGGCUGAUCCAAGAUGACGUCGACACUACAAGCAGUAACUAUAACGACAACACUUACGACAGGAUUGUGGUGUAUGGAGAGAAGAUGCUACACGCUGUUGUACCUGGUUCAGCCAAAACAUUUAACUUCCAAAAGGAGUUCAAACUAGAUGAUGACACAGCUCUCAGCAUCAGUGAUCAUUAUCCCGUGGAGGUGAGUCUCAAAACUGGUCCAAAAAAACUCCCUGUGCCUGUGAAAAGAAGAACACCAAAAUCUUGUGACCAUCAAUACACUGGAAAGAAGCGAUCUGCCCCAGUUAAGAGGAAAUGUCCAAAAAAGACGAGAGGACGGUCCACUGAGGGGUCCAAAUCACCGGCCAAGAGAAGACGUGUCCAGAAGAGAUAA